CAACGGUCAGGCAACCCUGACAAAAGCAGCACGCCGCGCCGGUUUAUGUUUUGCGAAAUUGGACAUUGCGAAUUAGUGGAAUUUGAAACGCAACAGAUCCUACAAAAUGUCGCUGCAAUUUCAAAACGACUGCGGAGAUUCUGUUAAGCAGGCAAUCAUCGAGGAGCUGCAGAACCUGCUCAGCUCUGAUACGCACGUCCUGCAGCAGGCGGAGAAGCGAACAAAGCAGCUGGAAUACACAGAAGGCUAUGGCGUUUAUUUAUCGGAAAUAAUCAUGAACCAGGCACACGAGCUGCCGCUGCGUCAGAUCGCUAUAAUCAUGCUCACCCGCUAUGUGGAGAGCCACUGGACGGAUGAGGGCGUUUCCGGAGACAAGAUCAACGGCUGCAUGGCCAGCGAGCAAGCAAAGCGUACAAUCCGCAACAUCCUGCCGAAUGGACUGUACGAUCCCAAUUCCAAGAUUCGAUCCUCGGUGGCACAUACUAUAUCAACGAUAGCUUCCACUGAUUAUCCACAUGGAUGGGCGGAGCUGUUUGAUAUCAUUGUCAAGUGUCUGGGCGGCAAUGAGGACUCGAUUCACGGAGCCAUGCAGGUCCUGCAGGACUUUACCUACGAUGUGGAGCAGAUCAAAGAGCUUGGACCUGUAGUUAUUCCAGAGGUCUAUCGCAUCUUCGACUCUGAGCAAAACUAUUCGAUCAAAACACGUGUCUCGGCCAUUCGAAUUCUGAAGCCGUUGUUCACAUCGAUCGCCGCUCUGAUCACCAACAAAGAGGAGCAGAGCACCAUGAUGAGCUCCAUUCUGACCAAUUUUAUGGAAAAGCUGAUGUACUAUCUGAGUAUGAACAGCGGUGCCGGCUCAAACUUCCUUUUACGUUCUGAGAUUAUAAAGGUGUUUACCCAUUUGGUCACUGAUAUGCCCAAGUAUAUCCAGCCGUUUAUGGACCGCGUCCUGCCCAUCAUCUGGCAGCUUCUUACCCAAAUAGCAGAGACGUACGUGAAGGUUUCGGUCAACCAGACAGAGCCUAAUCCACUCGCCAGCGGCGACAGCGAAGACGAUGACGAGCAGACCAACUUCCAGACCCUUAUUAUUCAGAUCCUAGAGUUUAUUAACUGCAUCGUCACCUGCAACAAACUGCGGGGCAGCAUAAAAAAUGUACUAGCCGAUCUUAUCUACAUCACCAUUGUAUACAUCCAGCUGAGUGAAGAACAAAUAGAGGAUUGGGAGGAGGAUCCUGAAAAAUUCGUGGACGAUGAAGACGAUGGCGGCGUGGAGUUGACAGUGCGCAUGUGCGGCCUCGAUGUCUUGCAGGCCAUUAAUGAUGAGUUUGGUGUGAAAGCCAUUCAACCACUGCAGGAGGCUUUGGGCAGGCACUUCAACGUGGCCGAGGCGGAGAAGGCGGCCAACAAUCCGAAUUGGUGGAAGAUUCAGGAAGCCUGCAUGGACGCCGUUCAUGGCUUCCGUGACGUCAUCCUUGAAGGCGAUUCCAAAUUUGACUUGCUCAACUAUCUGACCAUCGUCCGGAAUCUGCUAGUACACCAAGAGUCACCGCACUUGGUGGGUCGCGCCCUCUGGACCCUGAGCACAUACUCCAAGUCCGACCUGUAUAAUCUCCAGAUGUUGGCCGAGAUUCUCGAUGUCACGCUGCGAUGUCUGGCCCCGGAAAAGUCGCACAUUCUUCGAAUAAGUGCUGUUCGUACGCUUCACGGAUUUUUGCAGGCUAAUGAAACAAUUGACGGCGAGAAGCGUACUUUUUUGGUGUCCAAACUUCCAGGUUUUCUUGAUGGAAUCAUGGCCUUAGUGCCGGGCUGCAGGGCAACUGUUUUGGCUUUGCUAAUGGAGGCUCUGACCAUAAUGGUCAAAUUUGAUGCUGAUUUCGCCUUCGCCGCUCAACCAAAAAUCACACCCUUAGCCAUUGCUGUUUUUCUGAAGUACGCCGAGGACCCCUAUGUCCUUGAGAAUGUUCAGGAUCUGAUUAGAGCAUUGUGUCAGCAGAAACAGUGCCUGGGAUUACUGCAGGAGAAGUUUAUCCCCACCAUCGUCAGCAUCUUGGGACUGACAGGAGACCUAACAAACGAAAAGCAAGAUAUCGCUUUGGACGUUCUCAACACUAUUGUUCGCUACACGGAGCCGCCACUAAGCAGCAGCUUACUUGAUUCGGCCUUCCCAGCUGUGAUCAACUGCGUCCUCCACACAGACGACCAUGCUGUCAUGGUGGCAGGUGGCGAGUGCCUGCGCAGCUUUAUCAAUGUCUCGCCGGAGCAGAUCUGCAGAUACAAGAAUGGUGAGGGUCUUACCUGCAUCAUGCAGGUUGUGGCCUCCGUUUUGCUGAAUCCCAUGAACAGCGAGAUGACAGCCGGUGGUAAGAUUGGGCGCCUCGUCAUUACCAUAAUAACUAAGCUGGGCAGCAUGCUCGGGACGAACGUGGACAUGCUCUUAAAGGCUGUGAUCAGCAAAAUGCAGAACCUCGAGUGCCUCAAAGUGAUCAUGAACCUGGUUUUGAUUUUUGCCCAUCUCUUCCUCACACAAAUGGAUGCCGUCCUCAAUUUCCUGUCCACGGUUCCGGGUCCUAAUGGCGAACCCGCGAUGCAGUUCGUUCUCACCAACUGGCUUUCACGCCAAAACUCUUUCUUCGGCAUGUAUGAGCGCAAGGUCACAACCAUGGCUCUGUGCAAGCUCUUUGAAUAUGGCCUCGCCACCCAGGACAAUCGCCUAACGACCAUUACAUACAAGGAGCUCGUUGACGACCCAAGCGAUACGCGCAGAAGGACGCGCUCGGUUGCAGCUUCUACCCAAAAGUGGGUUACCAUUCCAGCGCUUGUGAAAAUCUUCAAGGUGCUGAUCUCCGAGUACCAGCACUUCCAGGAGGGCAAGACCGACGAGCCACUUACGGACAGUGAAGAGGAAGAGGAGGAUGAAGAUGCCGCUGGAAAUCCGGCAAAACCGCGCUUCACCUCCGACUUGUUCUACGACAUCGAUGAGGAAAAUGCCGAGGACGAGCAGCUGUUGCAGGAACUACUCAAGGAGACCAACUACAAGGGCGACAUCGCCGAGAACCUGCAAAAGUUCUUGACCACCUUUACUCAGAACGAGCACUUCCCCACCUUCUUCGAGCAUCUGAACGAGGCCGAGCGCCACGUUCUCCUUAACAAGGUGCAGCCGAAGUAGUCUGUUGUUUGUGGAUUAUCAUAUUACAACUUCUUCGUUUUGAUGUCUCGCAGAGAAUUGUGUUAACCGUAUUUAUAUAUUGUUGCUAACCAUUUUGAUUGAAUAAAAAUUUCUAUAUAUUUUAUAAA